GCGCGUUGCGCGCGCGCUCAUUGGUUAGUGACUGCGUAGAGGAGAAAUAACGCGUGGCCCGCUCGAGAGCUCCUAUCCCAGCAAAAAGAGAGAGUGAGAGAGCCACCGCAUUUUUAAUCAGUAACCAGUCUUAUUUGUUUACUAUGGCUGCUGUUGCAUCGAAUAACAUGUCAGUGUCCCGGAAUUCAAGGAUACAGUGCUACCUCUGCGACUUCAACCAUUCUCCCUGGGCCAUGCUUCAAGACUUCUCCGAGCCUAUUUGCCGGGGUUGUUGCAACUACGAGGGUGUGGAUAGAAUCGAAGAAGCGAUACAACGAGCUCGAGGACUUCGCACAUUGUACCCAGCCGCUGCCAACGGCAGAUCCAGAGGUUCUCCAGCUAGGAACUCUACACCAACUACAGAAACCAGGAAAGUAGAACCAAACAGUGCUUUUCUCCCCAGUUCUCUGAGUCAUAUGUCUCUUAUGAACCACCCUAUGUUCCGGAACAGCAUCCAGCCUCUCACUAUCGCUAAAGCUGCAGAGAAAUCACCCACUCAAUCACCGAUCGUGAGGACAGCUCCUGAAAUCUCUCCCAAAACCUCCCCGAAGGUUUCACCAAAGCGCCUGUCUCCCGUUGCAGACACGAUUGAAAUGAGAGGAAACACUCCAACCAGCGAUGCUUUCCGACCUGAUUCUAGAGUGAGUCCUACCACCACUGCAGUGAACAUCAACAUGUCCAGGAAUGGCAGCCCCGCUCACAUCGCUCCAAUCACAACUAGUCACGGAUUCCACCAAUCCUCUGCUUCUACCACACUUUCCUCUGCUACUGAUGCGCUCAAGACUAUGGCUAAAUUCCAGUCAGAACGAAUGGGCCUGCCGGUGUCCUUCGGAAACUCCUUCCAUCUAAACAGGAGCGCUGAUUCCCACUUUUCCUCGAUGUUCCCCGUGAUUGUGCCACCUCUGGCUCCCAGAUACGAUCCCGGCAGAGCUCUACAGAUGAUCAAAGAAAAAGCUCUCCACGAUCAGUUCCCUCCCCCAAUCGUCCGGGAUAUCCUGACCGUCCUAAACUCAUGUGUGCCCUUCAUCGUGCGUUUCAACAAAGACCACAGCCUCAAGGGACGAGUUUUCAGCUUCGAAGCGAUCAGAAAGACGACAGACUACGAGCUGAGGAUCUACACCGAAUACCCAAUCGGGUCCAACAGCGUGUACCAGUCAGCCAGUGGAGCUUCCAGACAGAUGUACGGAGAGUACAGGGAAAGGAUGAACAUCGGCCGCGGCAGAAUCGGAGCUUCCAGCAACGGAUUCAGAGAUCUGGAGUACGAGCGUAUUCCUAACAGCGGACAGUGGUUGCUUCUCGGAGAACUUCUCCCCGAUCUGGUGAGAUACCUGAAAGCCAUGCCAGAUCCCAGGUAUUUACCUCAAGCUGUCAACUUCCCCAACAUGCCCCCUCCUCCUCUGCCUAGGUGUAACACAUCUAAAUACACCCGGAUGAAGCGAGUAAAAGUGGACGAGGAACAGAAGAACGAGAGCAAGAAGAUAUGUCUGGAAAAGGAUCGGCUGAGCUGGACUGGAAGCGAGCUGUGGAUGCAGCAACCAAUCUUCGGGAACAGACUCCCCCUUCACGCUGACGCUUUAUCUGUCUACUCGCAACUCAAUCUGGCGAACCUGAAAACAGAUUCCGCAUUCUCACCGACUGCUUCAGCUGCUACAACCACCCCAACAGUUCCAGCCGUCCAGACCUCAGCCCUAACCACCGCUGCUACUCUCACUUCAAGCGGACUCACCUCAGCGGACUCAAUUGCUAGAACGCUCACAUCAGCGGACUCAAUUGCUAGAACGCUCACAUCAGCGGACUCAAUUGCUAGAACGCUCACAUCAGCGGACUCAAUUGCCAGGACGCUCGCAGCCGCAGCCACGAUGGAGGCGGUUAAAACCGAACCCAGCACCCCUAAACCCGAAGAAACGACGCCCAUCACACUAGGUCCUACUCCAACCUUAACCGAGGAUAUCCACUGCUUAAACUGUGAAGGACUCUUGGAAGGAUCGGACUUUGUCCAAUGUCCCUCGGUGUUCACGCACAAAUUCUGCUUCACUUGCACCAGAAAAGCGAUCAAGGAUAUGCUGCCCGGAGACGUGUGCUGCCCCAGUGGACUCAAGUGUCCCUUGAAAGGAACCACCUCUCCUUGGACUUUUAUGAGCGAAGAGAUAAAAACUAUUUUAGAGAACGAGUGAAGAUAGACAGUUCGGGCGAUUUAUGUGCGCUCUGUAGAUUUGAGUCUUGUUUUGGUAUUUGUGAGCAGAGAAUUUUAGCGACUGACGAUUUCAGCGAUCGUGCGAGUGUAUUUGAUGAGCAAGAAUAUUUGAAUACUGAGUUUGACAGAAACAGUGAGGUUGUAUUAGAAGUUUGAAAACGAAACAUAGUGCGAUACAGUGAAACUUUCGGGAAACUUUUCAUAAUUGAUUGAACAGAAAGAAAAUAAUGUUGUGAAUGUGUUUCUUUGAAUAGUAAUAGCCGACCAAGGAUAUUUUACUGUAUAAUUUAUUCUAAUUGUGAUAUUACAUGAAAUUAAUUAUUGACUUUUAUCA